AUGUGGAGACCUAGGAGCGAUAUAAGCCGAUUACAGUUCCGCGAUGCUCAUUUAUCUGUCCAAAGAGAGGAAUUGCAAGGGGUCGCACUGUAUAUUAGACAACCAAAAGAAGCGCAACAAAAGACAUCAAAACUCGGUUUACUACAUGAAGACAAAGCUGAAUUGUGUGCAGUGCGAGAGUUCCAUCUUUUUAUGUUGCGUACCCAACAAAAACGUCAAUCGUUACCAGAGGACCAUACUCUUUUUUUGACAUACCUUGACAAGUCAUCUGAACAAGGAACACCUACAAGUAUUCGACCAUCCACACUAGCGAGCUGGGUAAAAUCUCAUAUGGUAAAGGCGGGUGUUAGUGAGUCUAUCUCACCCCAUUCGUUGAGGUUGGCAGCCAGCACAAAAGCCGUUUUGCUCGGAAACUCGCCAAACAAAGUUAAAACUCAUGCUGGUUGGAGCUUGACAUCCAACAGCUUUAAGAAUUGUUACAGGCCUACAAGGCACCAUCAUGCCAGCACUCAUAUACAUAAUUCAAUUUUUCUACUACGGAGAACAGUGCUACUUUGUAACCCGAAGCGGAAGCAACAAGUAUUGUAUUAG